AUGGGUCUUUACGACACACCCCCAGAACACGUGCCGCAAUGGCUCCCCAUGGCAUCCACGGCAGUGCUGGUGUUUGGCAUGGUGUCGUGGUACACGGCGUACGCGCUGAUAACGAUACAGUCGAUCAAGGACCAGUCGUACGGCAUGCCCCUGAUCGCCACCAUCGCCAACUGGUCCUGGGAGCUGCUGUACUCGUUCACGGUGGCGGAGCACCCCUUUGAAAUGGUCGGGCUCGGCAUGUGGUUUUUUCUCGACGUCGGCCUCGUGUGGACCACCAUCAAGUACGCCCCCAACGACUGGAAGCACACGGCGCCCUGGAUCGGCAGGAACAUGGCCCUCAUCUUUGCCGUCCUGGUCCCCUGGGCCCUGUGGGGCAACUACACCUUCUCCAGCUGGUGGCUGAGCGAGCCCGGCAUGGGCUUCGGCACCAAGCAGGGCAAGUGGUUCCGCGGAAAGGAGGGCUACGACACCUUGGAGCUGGGCAUCUGGAGCGCCUUGAUUCCUCAGGGUUGGAUCAGCGCUGGCAGCUUGGCCAUGCUCAUCUCCCGUGGCCACAGUGGCGGAACCAGCUGGACUAUAUGGGCCCUCCGAGCCGCCGGUUCCGCGGGAGGCAUGUUUGGCUUCACCUACCACUCGUACUACUACUGGCCGGAGCAGCACGGUUUCUUUGCCAACCCCUUCCACCUGUUCCUGUCGUCCAUCUACCUCAUCCCGGACAUCAUCUACCCCUUUGUCCUGUACCGCGUCCAGCAGACCGAGAUCAUCCUGCCAGACGGCCGCCACAUGAGCGCCCACCACGCAAAGAUCGAGCAGGCCCUAGCCAUGCAGGAGGUGGGUUACCAGAGCGUCUUGGUGAACGGCGUCGACGGGCCUCGGUUCCUCGACCGGAAGGCGCAGUAA